UACGAUCUAUGAAACAGCAAGAUUGAUCUUAUGGAGUCGAUUUGCUGCAUCAAUCUGAAGACGUCAGAACACGUCAGCGAGCUCACAUUGACCUUGAGAUUUCAGCAUAGUUUCUUAGAUUCAGCUCUGACAGCGCAGCAACAUGAAGCCUUUGACGAGGUUCCGGGAGCCGGAGGGGAGUGGGGUCCAGAGAGAAUAGCCAUGGACUAGGAGGCUUGGUAAAAGCUACAUGGCUCAAAACAAGUAACUCUCUCCUGCUUCUGCUGAUUUCGUGUUAUAGGUGACAUUCGCCACCUAUUCCUUUAAUUGUCGGAAAAAUUUUGCA